AUGCCGCCACUACCUCGUAAUCAUGAGCAGAUUGAAGAGCUUACGGCCUCUCUUGAAAGGCUACAAGAGUCCUGGGAUCAAGUUACCGAUGCACUGAUGGAGAAAGAGAAAGAACUGAAGAAAGCUUCGGCAGAGCUAGAUGAAACUCUUCUCUUUUGCCAGGAAUUGCAAAAUUCUUUGAGAGACGUCGAAUUUGCAAAGGUAUUGGCACAACAGGAGGUGGAGAGACUGUUGAACAAGAAAAGCAGUCUCUGCGCUGGCCAAAAACAGCUUGAAGAGCGGGUAAAGAAAAGUGAAGCACGAGAGUUGAGCGGAAGCCGGACAAUGAGAAGGCUGACGGCUAAAUCACAACGAGAAGCCAGCCAAUAUGAAGAAGCGAUAAGGUUGCUCACGCGCGACGCGCGCCGGUUACAGGCGGAGAUCAACGAGCGGGACACCAGGAGCGCGGCAGACCUUGAGGAUGCCGUAGCCAAAUUCAACACAGAGCGGAUGAUCCUCAUGGGAGAAAACAACGAGCUCCGGGAGGUGUUGAAACGUGUCCAAGAAGACAACGAAGAGCUACGGCGUGCCUUAAUCGAAAGCACAGUAUGUGCGCCGUCCAUAAACCCACUACCCGUCUUAUUGUCAACGGCCAAUAAAGGAGAAAAUUUGUCUACUGUUGGCGUGAUGCAAGCGCUAGACGCUGGCGACAGAGCGCAAACAGAAUUAAACAAUGAUUCCAAGGCAGCGGAACUCAGUGCAGGCUUAGGGAAGAUGAGCCAGAGGGAACCACGUCAACAGCCAACUGGUAGCGAACUCACCGCGAUUCCCCCCUUGAUGUUCACAAGGUCCCGCACUCACCAACAGCUCUCACGGCCAAAACAUACCUGGACAACGAGGAGGCGGAGAUUCAAGGAGCACGUCUUCUAUACCCAGCGUUCAUCCCUAUCAACACAAGGGGGCGCGUUAGCACCGGAACAAACAAGCGAAGAUUUAGGUCCCCUCAUCCGGCUACGGAGACCAAUGAGCUGCCCUGACAGGGACGAUACGCCAAUAACAGAUUCCAGAGAUGAUGAACAUCAAGCAGUGUGUCUUAGCAUCCCCGAAUUGGUGUCAGUCGCUGCCUCCAAUCUCGCCAAUGCCGAGACGGGUGACAGCAGGAAGUCCAUCAGCCUGGAAAAUCAAACCGUCAGUAACAAUGGUCCCGCGGUGUUCAGUGUGAUAGCCCAGCAGAAACGGAGUUCAACAACCAAUUCCGACCUUGUUCCAGCACGGGGAAGCACAGGACCGCGGAAAGGCAGGGAGAUCCCAGAAUGGGAGGGUCAACGACACGCUUGGAAGACUGCUCGGGAAGGUAGACCAAUUGGGGAAGUGAGGGCAGCCAAGAGCGCUUAUGAGAGAAAACGACAGCUCUUUAGAAGGCGCCGAAGGGUUGCAAAAGAACACGCGGUCUUGACUCUCUUGGACACAAUGGGGAUACAAGGAAUGUCCUCCGAUAAAGAAAGCGAAUCCGGUUGCCUUAGAGCAAAAAAACGACCCGAAUACUCUGAAGCAUGCGAUAGGCUCCGUUUCUAUCUUGAUGAGAGGGUCGUGAAAUACCUAUGGUUUAAGGAACGCGGCGGGAGGAAUGGCGGAGACCUAGCAAUACUAACAACAAGCGGCUAUCCGCAGGAUGUUGUGCGGCGUCUACGCUCUGUGUCAGACUCUUCACGGGGUAGCGAGAGGGAGUUUGCCACACUCUGUCUGGGUUUGGAGCCCAUACUUUAUCAAGCCCUGAGAUCCCAGCCCCUCUCGCUUCCCAUCCGGCCGUCCUGCUCCCGUACACGAGCUUUCCCUCCUGGUACCGAAGAAGUCAGUCGCGAAAAUCAUGAGCACUCCCUUGGCUCGGCAGGAGAAGAUGUCUGGACGUUUAUGCGGAAGAUCAUAUCAAAAACCAAGCCUAUGCGAGCGAUGACCGCCCUAGCGUUAUACUAUGUGUACAAGCUUAAACAUGAGCCUAUCGCCGACAGUUCUCCCCAGGAUACUGCCAUGUUGGCCCUAAUUGCCUUGAUGUUGGCGAACAAAUGUUGGGAUGAUAACACCUACACAAACCGAGCCUGGUCUGAAUGUUCGGGAAUGUCGCUGGAGGACAUCAACCGUGCUGAGAGAGAAUUUCUGAACGGGAUUGGCUACAAUAUCUCUGUCAACCGACCGACCUACGAUGCAUGGGUGAAAACGUUGAUUAGCUUGAGUCUGGCGAGGAGCCGAGAGGACACCGCUUCAGCGAUACAUCCCGACGGUGGCUGA